GAUUCGGAAAUCGACAUUUAUGAAUCUUCGUUCGGUUCGGUUCGAUCGGUUACCGACCGGAUGAACACUCGUGCGUAAAUUUGACAUCGUAAGGGUGGAUGUGUAAGACAAUACAUAGUUGAGGGAUGGUUGUAAUUAUUCAAACAAGAGGGAAUUUGUUACGUAAUUAUAUGUUACCUAAGGGGGUGGGCCGUAAUUUGACCAAUAAAUAAAAAAAGAUAGAAAGCGUGGGAAAAUAUAUGAAAGCGUGGAAUUGGAUUAAUAUAAUUGAGGGGGUUAUGUCAAAUACAUAAUGUUAAAUAUGGGUGUUCUCCUAAUUUUGAAAUGUAGUGAGGGGGUUUUACUACAUUUUGCCAGAAAAGAAAGGGUAAAAAGGAGAAAGAAAGAGAGGGAAAAAUGGAUUACAGUCUAGCAGCAUUGAAGCUGCUCUGCGUACAACUGGGAAGCGCCCAUCAAACGACGUCGCAGAACGCCUUCACUCUCGGCGGCAUUCUCUUCCAACGCGCGUGGCUACAGGGAGUUCUCGUCUCCACACCUUCCUUCUCCGACGGUGGUCGGACCGCCCGAUUACAACUCGACGAUGGAACCGGCGUCGCCGAUUUAUUCCUCUCCGGCGACUUUCUUAACCGCAGUUGGGAAAUAGGGAUGUAUGUAAUGGUGGUUGGUGGAUAUUUUGUCGGUGCUGGUGAUGCCCCAAUGAUUAAGGUUCACAAGAUUGUCGAUCUAUCACCGUUUCCAGAUAGGGAGUCAAUGUGGUAUCUUGAAGUAAUGGAGGUCUUCAAACUUUUUUACCAGCCCCUAUUUGAAGAAAGGGAUUGACCGCCUCUCGUUUCUGCAGUUGUACGUGAUUCAAUGUCGAUAUUGUUCCCCUCAAUAUGAGUAAGAGAUUGUAAAGGAGAGUGGUGAAGAAAUUCAUUAAGCAUCAUAUCUACUCUGUUUUCGGCCCUGAAAGCUCUUAUAGUCUGAUUAGAGUUCGGUUUAUAGAUUGAACGAAUUUUAAUCGAAAGGUUUUUUUUUGUUCUUUUUCGGCUAGUUCACAUUACCAUUUUGUUCUCAAUUACACUCGGUUGCCAUUUGGCUAAAAAAGAAAAAAAGUCGAUUUUAUGCUAGUUUGAA